AUGUGGCGACCAAAACUUAUUGGAUCUAAUGAUCAAUUCGGCGGCCUUCAGUGUAUCCUGGUUGACCAAAAGACAGAUGCAAUACAAGCUAGCGUCAAAGAGAUCGACUAUGAUUUUGUAGCUCCAAAAAUAAAAGCUGGUUCCAUUUAUGAAAUAACACAUUUCCACACUGGUCGCAACAAACCAUCUCACAAAGUUGUACCACAUGUUGCACAAUUGUUCUUUAAUGCGAGAACAACUUUCAAAGAACUACCAACUAUUCACCCACACAUUCCACGACAUCGAUUUUAUCUGGUAGAUUAUACUCAAUUGUCCACUCGCAUUGACAAAAUUGACAUCCUAACAGAUGUUUUUGGACACAUUACUGGAAUACAACCAUUGGAACAAAAAAUGGUGGGCAAUGAGAGGCUUGAGGAUAAAUGUGAAGUCUGCAUCGAAAAUAUCAGGAAAGAAGAUAUUAGAAUAACCCUGUGGGGAGAUACUGCAAAAACUUUUGAUUCCCAAGCUUUACAACAAUUGACAUCGCCAAUAUUUGCAGCUUUUACAAGCCUGAAAGUUAAACAAUUUCAAGGUUCAAAGUGAGCUUGGUGCUUGAAGAUUCAACUGAUGAAACCAAUGCAAUCAUAAUUGGAAGACCAGCAGAACAGUUGUUUAGAAUUUCUUGCAAUGAAUUGGUUGUUCAAAGAGGUUUUACCGACCAACAACAAUUGCCAGAUGCAAUUCUGCAAACAAGAGGACAAGUUAAAAAUUUUCAACUUCGAUUUGGGAGCAUGAGAAGUGAUUUCAACAGAAAUGAUCUACUCAUUCAAGCAAUCUUCGAUGACACAAUGCCACUUCUUGAACCAACAUCGCAAUUAUCUAACAAAAGUUUGGCUGCACAUGAUACAGAAAACAUUGGUACCCAAAUGGUUCCACCCAUUACCCCACUUCCCUCAAAGCAAAUUCCAAGUGCAUCUUCCACAAGCUCAGCUGAUGCUUCUAUAAUAGAAGCUACCCCAAUUUCAAAAAAAAGAUACAGAGACGCUGUCAAAAGAGCUCUCUUUACCUUUCAUCCAUCAAAAAAAUCAAAAAGGUUAGAAUUUAUAUAAUAAUUAACUCCUUUAUAUCAAUAUUUACGCAUAUUCUAACAUUUACCAAUAUAUUUCUUUCUUUUUCAUUUAGCAUUUCUUUAAGUCAUGUUCAAACCGAAAACGAAUCUGAAAAAAUGGUUGCAACAAAAAACAUGGAGGAAAUUGUAUCAGAUUCUGAUUUACCAAUCAUUGGCUUAAAGAAGAAAUCAAGCAUGGAGAGUUUGGCAACCAGUGCUCCUACCCCGAAA